UAGUGCAUUAGUGGUUGCGUGGGGAGUAUCUAGGCGUUGAGUGCAGUGUAGUGGACACAUCUUACUUCAUUUUUACACAUUUUAUUAUCUGCACACUGAAAUUGGAACUCUGAAGGUGAAGUGAAGUUGAUUCAUUUCUACUCAACUGCGUUGGAGCACAAGCGACGAGAUUGAGGGAAUUACUGGAUCCAAGUUUCUGGUGUUUCUUCAACUAAUUGUAAGUGUAUACUUGAAUCAAUUAUCAAUCAAUUAUCUUCCAAAGUUGUUUCUUUAGAGUCUAGAAUCUAGAUCCACUGUUUUGAGCUUCACUGCACUGCAUUGGUUGUAAGAAACAAGAAUUGAAUCACAUCACAUGUUCUGAAACCCUAGAUCAAUUUAGGGAGGAUCUGGGAAUUUAGAUGAUGAAAGAGCCUCUAAAUUCAGCAGAACCGAUAGGGCAAAACCUAAUAAAGCUAAUCAGCAAUGUAUGCUUCUCUGUGUUUGUAUUUGCUGUUUUAAUCAUCACUGUAAUUGCAAUCACCUACCAACCUCCAGAUCCAUGGCUGCAAUCAGCUCCUGCUCUUACCAAACUCUUCACUCAGGUGGAGAAUGCCACUUUCAAGGACGACACUUCCGUCCUCAAAACUGGCGAAGAUUUUGUCCUUGCCCCUGCCCUUGCCCCUUCUACUGUCGUUAAACCUAUCACCGAGGUUGUCAUUGCCACUUUCGAGAAAAAUAUCACCACUAAUGCCACCUUCAGCUCCUCUGUUUGUGCGGAGGAGCUCAAGGUCGUCAAUUGUUCUGAUCCUCGAGUUUUGAUCGCUAUUGAGCGCUUCAAUUUGAGGUUGUUUAAGUCUAUUCUGUUCUUGGAGUAUGCUACUCCUGUUAAUGGUUCCAAGCCUAAUGAGUGUGAUGUAGCUUGGAAGUUUAGGAAUCGCAAGGAGAAGUCUUGGAGGAAAUACCGUGAUUUUCGUCGUUUUAGGAUUGGCCUUGGGGAUGAUUGUGCUUAUAAAGUCAUUGGUGCUAGUGGUUGGCAUUCCGGUAUCCAUGCUAGGCGCCCUAGACCCCGUCCUGGUGCUACCAAUCAUAAUCCCAAACUUGUUGCUCCUUACCGGGAUAAUCAGAUCAAUGAUACCAUUCCCAAGAUUAGCUCUGAUACAGCUUUUAGGAGAGGGAGGUACUUGUACUAUUCCCGCGGUGGGGAUUAUUGCAAAGGGAUGAAUCAUUAUAUUUGGGGCUUCUUGUGUGCUUUGGGGGAAGCUCAGUAUUUGAACAGGACGUUUGUGAUGGAUUUGAGUGUUUGUUUAGGUGCACAGUAUAACCCUAGCGGAAAGGAGGUGGAGGGGAAGGAUUUCAGGUUCUAUUUUGACUUUGAGCAUCUAAAGGAGGAGGCUUCUAUUGUUGAGGAGCGAGAAUUUCUUAGGGACUGGAAAAGAUGGGACAAAAACCAUAAGAGAAAGAUUCCUGUGAGGAAGGUGGCAACUUAUAAGACCACACCUAUGCAGCUGAAGAAGGAGAGGAGUACUGUCAUUUGGAGGCACUUUGAUGCUCCAGAACCUGAAAAUUAUUGGUAUAGGGUGUGUGAGGGAUCAGCUGCAAAGCACAUUCAAAGACCGUGGCAUGCACUCUGGAAAUCAAAGAGGCUGAUGAAUAUAGUUUCUGAAAUUAGUGGGAAGAUGGAUUGGGAUUUUGAUGCAGUUCAUGUGGUACGAGGAGAAAAGGCUCAAAAUAAGCAGCUCUGGCCUGACCUGGAUGCCGACACAUCUCCUGAAGCUAUUGUCUCGAAGCUUCAAGGAGUGGUACAGCCAUGGAGGGACUUGUACAUCGCCACAAAUGAGCCUUUCUAUAACUACUUUGAUAAAUUAAGGUCACAUUACAAGGUGCAUUUGCUUGAUGAUUACAAGGAGUUGUGGGGUAACACAAGUGAUUGGUAUAAUGAAACAACAGCUUUAAAUGGUGGUCGACCAGUCGAUUUUGAUGGUUACAUGAGGGUUGAGGUGGAUACAGAGGUUUUUUUGGGCAAAACACGGGUGGAGACAUUCUACAAUUUGACCAGCGACUGCAAGGAUGGCAUCAAUUCAUGUUGAUCAGGUCUGGACAACAUUCACUAAGUUCUUACUAUAUGAGUUUCUUAUGCAGCACUAAUAAUGGGCCUCUUUAUCAGCAUUUCACAUGCUACUUUAUAUAUUGAGCUCAUUCCCGACUUGUCAUUGUUGUGCCUCUUGUUCUUCAAUGACGAUUGUGAUAUUGCCUUUGGAUACAACACGUGUAUUUUUAUGUUCUGUUUGUACCAUAUUAUUCCAUUUUGUGCAGUUCUUGAUGGUUAUUGUUUUUGUACUGAAAAAUAGAUAAUACCAUUGCACAUGAACUAUUUCUA